AUGUCCUCAGAACUGUCAGUCCGAACCGAAUUCCAUACGCAUCAUGCGUCUCCCCGUCGGCUCGUUCAAGAGCUUAGAGAUCUUCUUGGUCCUGGUGCUCAAUUCACUGUCGAUAUGCGACAUAACAUCUAUGAGAUCGAAACUGCUGAGCAGUUCAAUGUGGUUAACGACUUUGUAUGA